UCAGUAUUUCAUCGUGAACUUGUGUAUAAAACAGACAACUUUUAUGUAAAAAUGAUUUAGUUCAUUCUGGUUGACGAGUAAGCGACUUGAGGAACUAUGAAGACUUUUGUCAUACUUUCGUUCGUGUCUGCACUUGCUGCGGUUUCAGUUGGGACAUAUUAUCGGCCCCCACCUCCACCGCCACCACCACCAGUCGAUUGCGUGUCAACAUACGAGCCUGCAACACCAUGUAACUUGUACAAGAAGGGGUAUCUUCGAAAAUAUUACAUCAAGGUGAUCAGAAAAGCAGAACAGGAUGGUGAACAUUGCCCAAAGCCAUAUUUUUAUGGACGUUGUCAUCCAUGUGACGAGGAAGCUCGAGAUGGCGAUAGUUAUAAAGAAGAUGAGAAGAUAUACUUCCCAAACAAGCUUCUUCUUGGCUUCGAACCUAUAAAAGUAAAUCCAAAAUGCUGUAAAAAAAAGAAAAAGAGAAGAAAGGGUGGAAGCAGCAGUUCAUCAUGCUCAACUCAUGGAGGAAAAGGAAGCGAUUCCGACAGCGACAAUGGCGGGAAAGGAAGCGAUUCCGAUAGCGAUAAUGACAGAAAGGGAGGAAAAGGAAGCGAUUCUGAUAGCGAUGAUGGAAGAAAAGGAGGAAAAGGAAGCGAUUCCGACAGCGAUGAUGGCAGAAAAGGUGGAAAAGGAAGCGAUUCCGAUAGCGAUCAUGGAAGAAAGGGCGGAAAAGGAAGCGACUCCGAUAGCGAUCAUGGAAGAAAGGGAGGAAAAGGAAGCGAUUCCGAUAGCGAUCAUGGGAGAAAGGGAGGAAAAGGAAGCGACUCCGAUAGCGAUCAUGGCAGAAAAGGUGGAAAAGGAAGCGACUCCGAUAGCGAUCAUGGCAGAAAAGGUGGAAAAGGAAGCGAUUCCGAUAGCGAUCAUGGAAGAAAGGGCGGAAAAGGAAGCGACUCCGAUAGCGAUCAUGGAAGAAAGGGCGGAAAAGGAAGCGAUUCCGAUAGCGAUCAUGGGAGAAAGGGAGGAAAAGGAAGCGAUUCCGAUAGCGAUCAUGGGAGAAAGGGAGGAAAAGGAAGCGACUCCGAUAGCGAUCACGGGAGAAAAGGAGGAAAAGGAAGCGAUUCCGAUAGCGAUCACGGAAGAAAAGGAGGAAGAGGAAGCGAUUCCGAUAGCGAUCAUGGCCGAAAAGGUGGAAAAGGAAGCGAUUCCGAUAGCGAUGGUGGCAGAAAAGGAAGCCCCGCAACCAAAGAUUCGUACCAUAAAGAUCACGUACUGCAAUAUUAGAGAAUUGUUUGGCCACGCUGAAAGACUUCAUUAAAAUGUAUUGUUAUUCGAUAAUAUUACAUUAUAAGUUGUCUUUUCUUUCUAUAUUAAAAUUUUAACAUCAUUUGGUCAAUCGACAUUUUUUUUAUUGACGGAAAAAUAGCACUUAUUUUCUAACACCAAUAAAAUAGCUAAAUAAGAGCGAGGACAUGCGCAGGGAACAUUAAUAAUUAAUAUAUCAUGGAGUCUACCAUUAGCAGAAGCACAUAUAUACUAGGGGAAUAUAUUCUGCUCUUCAUUCAAACAAACUCAAACUCUAAUAUUCUGUUAAUAGUUUUUGAAGCCUUCUCAUAAAUUUACUUUACUCAACUGGGCAUUUUGAAAUAAAUUCACAAACAUUCGAAAUUCAAAUUUCCGAAGAAGAGAAAAGAAAGUGAAAAACAUAAAAAACAAAAUAAAACCGUGGAAAUAUUUUAA